UGAUGCUUCUAUGUUGGGUUGAGCCCAGAAUCUGACCCAGUGUUUGUGACCAGCCACGCCUGGGCUUAAUGGUUCCGCAUAUUAAAAAUCUUGGAUAAUUUCAGUUGCUUUAAGCUAACUGUCUUCUUUCUCCUUUUGAGGUGUCAAAGGUUGUUUUUCCAGUAAUUUGGACCUUUUUGAAGCACCUGCUUGCCUAAUGCCAUGAAUAUUGCAGUGAACAAUGAGGAAGAAAAAGCUGUCCAUUCCUGGUCAAGAAUUUCCUCUGCAGGACAGAAAGUGCUGGAGGAAGCCCUCCGAGUCUUCAACCCAAUGUCCAAGGAUCUUUCGGACACAGAGACCCAGCUGGUGGCCUUCAUCCAAGGCCUGAAGGAGGAGGGCUACCAGCCCACGAUUCUGAGGAGUAAGGAUGUGUACGGGUACAGCUCGUGCACGGCAGUCACACCGAGUCAGACGGAAACAAACACACAGCGCAACUGCGCCAGCACCACUCAGCCCACUCAGAGUCCAGCCAGGAACUCAGUGGCAAAAGUGGCCCCUUUGCCCACCAGCACUCCAGUGAGCUCUUUGAAAGUCUCCAGUCAGCCAGUCUCCAAAGGGGAUUCCAGAAAUCUCCUCUUGAGCUCCUUGAAGCAGACAGGAUCUGGCACAUCCAAGGCAGCAACAGUGGGCUUCCCUACAAGCAUGUAUCCUGAUGUGUAUCCAGCUAUGAGACUGUCAGUGGUUCUGGAAGCCCUGGUGCCACUGAAAACUGCAACAUCCUGUUUGGAGUCCAAGUGCACACAGGGGCGUCUUGGGAUCUCUCCUUCGGACCUUAAACUCCUCAAGACUUCAAGUUCACCAAGGCAGUUUUCUUCAGGCAAGACCACUAAAAUAACCAAAGGCAAGGGGUACAAGCGUUUGGUUAAGAAAGCACCCAAUUCUGCCAGCCGUGCUUUAAAGCUUCUGAGGGGACCAAAGGGUGGAGUGCUGCAGGAGAGCAACGCCUGCAAAGCCUCCGGAGUUCUCAAUGGGAGAGUCGCAGGCAGCUCGUCCCAGGACUGCACCACAGCACCACAGCCCAAGACCUUGAAAAUCAAAGAUAAGGAAGUUCUGGUGGGAAAAACAGAGUGGAAGGACAGCAGCACUUGCCAGGAAGGCACUGGGCAGAAGAAGAGAAGAGCUACAGAGGCAAAAGAAGCACCACAGAGGAAAAAAGCAAAUACCAUUCCUGUCCGAAAGAAAACUCGACAGGCUCAGAGUGCUUUGAACCUGCUGAAAUUCCGGACCAUCAAGGUGGGGAACUCUUCCUCUGAUGAUGAAGUGAGGAGGAGAGCACAGAAGAUUCUUAGGGUCAACCUGUCCCCUGUGAUCCAAAUUCAGCCCUUGUCCCAUUCUCAUAGUGUCCUCUGAAUUUCUUCACUUUGUCACUUUUUUUUUGUAAGUAAGUAAAUACAAGUCUGGCACCAGAGCGCAGAGAGGCUUAGGAGUGACUCUGUGUCUCUGGUGCCAGUAUGCCCACUAACCUGCAGACAGAGCAGCCCACUCUCAUGCUGUUCCUGCCUGUCUGCUACUGCUGUGCAGAGCUGACUGCAGAAAUCCAAACCUCUGUUCAGGAGUGUGGGACGGUGACUCCGGCCAGCAUUGAGCUGAGCGGGCUGGAGAGCUCACUUCUCACCACGCUCCCCUGAACAUGGCAGGCUGUGCUCUUGUGCAGGGGAGAACACAGGACUUUCUCAUGACAUUGAUGCACUGUGAUAUUGCUCUUUUUCAAGCUGUACAUUUACUGGUUUUAUUUUGAUCAAAUUUUAUAACUUUAUUAUCUAUAUAUCUAUAUAUCCAUAUAUGUGCAUAUGGCCCAGGAACUGUGGGAAGAUGCACUUCCUCCAUCCUUUUGGGAUUGGGUUUGAUAGCUUUUGUUCCUCUUUCCCUUCAGCUAGCCUUUUGUUGAAAGGUGCCAGAAUUGCUUUGUGGUUCAGUGUUGUGACAGUCUGUCCUGGGCUCCCUUGAUCAGCUCGGAGGCAGCAGCGGUGUAGCCACUUGUUUGUCUCCAGAAUGCCAAACAAUUUGGAGAAUUACCAGCUGGUAGUUUUAAUCCCGUUUUUGGUAUAACCUCUGCAUAACAGUGGGGGAGUGUCACAGGGCUGCAAGUAUGUCUGACAUCUUUAGGCACCUCCUCUGUGGGUAGCAGAAGUUUUGAACACGUGGUAGGGAUUUGCCUCCGAAGAGGAUUCCUCCUCAGCACCCAGCAUCACUCUGCUCUCCUAUACCCCAGGUGCAGCUAUGGAUUAUGAACUGUGACUGUUAGAGCCAAAGGGCUUGAACUGUUAGCAUGAACUGUGUAGUGUCCUGCCCCCCAUGUAACUGCUUCGCUGUUGCUGGGUGUUCCAGGAGCAGAUUCCAGGUGCCGGUAGAGAAGACUGUUGGUUUUGGCUGGAGUUAAGCCACGACAGAGAUGCAUGCUGUGUUUGAAUGCAUUAGCUACAUCCUGCCAGUCCCAGAGCUCAGUGGGAUACCUGAGCCUGAGUUAAAGCAGAAAAGGGAAAAAUUUGGGAGGACAUACACCAACACUAAAACAUGGAACGUUGCUUUCUGGUUUAUGGGGAUGAAGCAGUAGGAGGGGAGAUGGGCAUCAUGUGGUGGGUGGCAGCCUUGCUGUGCUAUCAGGGAUGUUGUGAGAAGGUGUGUAGCAGGUGUGAGAGCUCCGUGUGGAAGGAGUGCAGGCUCUGCCAUCCCUAGGAGGCACUGCAGAACCGCUGCAGACAGCUGCUGUCACCUCCCUGCACCGGGGACACGCUGUUGGAUUGGAACACUGCUCUGUGCUCUCUGCACUCCACAGGGAGGGAUCUACUAAUCCCAGGAGAAACACCUCGUUGGAACAGUUAGAGCUGCUGCUGUCACCUAGAAGGGACAACCUGGUGUCCUGGGGAAAGGAAGAGGCACUGGGCUGGGUAUGGGCCUGGCUCUGUAUAUCCCUAUAUGCUCAGAUCUCUACAGCAGUAGUGUAAUCCACUCAUUCUCUCACCAGCUCAAAAUACCAGUUGUCUGACCUAGUAAUCUCUGUGGGCAUUGGCUGAAGGGAUGAGCUCCCCAGGGAAGUCCCAGAUCCUUGUAUUUGAGCCCUGCCCCCAAAGCACCUGGUUGGAUUUCAGUGGUUUAUAAAAGGGGUCAGUGUCUGAUCCCCAGCACAGAAAGGAAGACUGUGGUAUGGAGAGAAGAGAGGAGGUUCUUGAUGGGGUGAGAAGGCAGGGAAGUUGAGUGUUCUGAGAUGCAUCUGGGUUCUCCUCUCACCCACACAGAGCAGGGUGGAGGUUCAUUUUCACUAAGCAGCCUGGUCUAGUGUAGUGUCCCUGCCCAUGGCAGGUUGGUUGGAACAAGAUGAUCUUUAAGAUCCCUUCCUAUCCAAACUCUUCUGUGAUUUUAUGAUUCAGGGAAUGUUUGCAAGCCCUGAACCCCACACUUGGGUUCUGAGCUCCUGUAAGAGAUCAUAACUUGCAGUGUUUGAGACUGACCUGUGAAUGCCGCUGGUUGGCUGCCAAGGAGGAGGAAAUAUUUUCUUCUGCUUCUGUGUUUUAAAAUGCUCUGGCAGAGUGUUCCCUGUCCUGACCUGGUGCUGGAUGAACAGGGGCUCUCCAUCACUGUCAACUGGCCAAAAAUUGCUUUGUUCCUUUUGUUCCCGCUCCUUCAGACCUUUCUCAUUCCCACGCUCUCAAAUGCCAGGUCUUGAAGUCCUGCACUGGUGUUUCUCUUUUGGGCUGUUUCCCGAGGAGGGCUCUGAACUCCUGCCUGCGGUAUUGCUGUCAGGCUGCUCAGCAGCUUCCCCCGUUCCCAGACCCUUAUAAGGGCACUGAGAGCUGUCUUUGGAGUCUCCUUAUGCAGCACAGGCAUCCCAGCUGAGCACUUGGCCUCCGCUGGGAAAAACAGCGUGCAUCAACAAGGCUGAAUCCAGGUCGAAGCCGCUUUUCCUCCAGCCUGAGUGGGAAGCUGAGCACCUGAGGCCAACUUACCAGGCCACAUCCCUCCUCAUCACUGUGUGUCUUCUCUCAGCUGUACUGCUGCCUGCCUCUUCACUUUUUUCUAUCACCUCCUGUCUUUCACAGCUUGGGUCUCUGCCAGUCAAGGACUUGUUGUUUAACACAUCCAGCUCAGCAUCCAGCCUUAGUGCUGCCGUGCCUUUCCCAGCACUGAGCCGAAUUCUGCGCGUGCUUGGUGAUGACAGUUUGCCCUGUGUCUUUCCCAGGCCACCAGCAAAAGGUGUUCUGCUCCACAGGGAGAGACAAGCUUUGGAAAUGCCUCUGUGUCACUGAGACUGCUGCCAGGGAAGUGAGCACUCCAUAGCUGUGUGCUCAGGGACUUGCUCAUCACCAGUCCCCUCUCUGUCAGCUCUCCUGCGCAUCUCUAACAGACCACAGGGCUCUGAGCGACAGGGCAGUGCUGGACCACCAUUCUCUGCCCUCCUGUUGUCUCUUCUUCCUCUUGCAGGUGCUUCAGGAACUUGACUCUAAGGGUUGCAGGUUGUUAUAGAGAGGCUUUACAGCCUCUGUGCUGGGGCCAGCAGCUGCUGCCCACGAGCCAUUGCUGGCAGACGGGGUGCCUCAGUCUGCCAUGGGCUGGCUCCCCCGUCCUUCGGCUUGUGCCCAGGUAUGGAUGCUCCUGGUGUCCUGAGCAUGUAACACUGAUGUGCAUGAGGCUGCAGAGGGGCUCUGUGUGGAUGUUGCUCUCUGCUGUUAAGGGUAGAUGAAGGGUUUGAUCAAACCAGAGCUGCCUAAGACCUGAUCUAACUAGAGGUCUCCCCCACCGGUCCCUUCCAUCCUGGGUUAUUCUGUGGCAGCUGAGUAACAUUUCCAGGGAUCCGUGCAACAGUAACUGGCAGGCACAUAGAAAUGCAUUGCCCAGAGCGCUGUGGUCUCUGCUGAGCAUGUGGUAUGCACCUUGUUCAGACCUGUUUCUGUAUUAGUCACUUUGAAUUCAUCCAAGUGCCUAACCUGGCCUGUGUUGUUCUGGGCAAUGUGACAGCUGGGAGCUUUGGAGGCUCUCUUAGGAAUGCUUUUAAUGCAUGGAUUUGUGCCACUGUCACUUCUAGAAAUGAUUCGGCUAGUGGUCAAAGGGCUGUUCUUCCAACUGAUUUUUUGGAAAUAAUUUCUCCUUUUAUUCAGCUGCCAAGAAGCAGUUUAUGCUUCCCUUCCACCAGACAAGGUCCUUGAGCUUCCUGCAUGCUUCAGAUGUCCGUCAGCAAGGUCCAUGGGGAGAGCAGCUUGUCCAGCAGGCAGCUGAAGGGGAAGCUGACAUCAGAUACCAGUUGAAAUCACAAUGUUAAUUGGUAGAAAUGUUCUGAAGCUCAUGUCCACUGUGAUCAGAUUUCACCAUCUGCCACUGCUUAUGGUUGUAGAAGUUUCUCCUCAGCCUCUUCCCUGCAAGCCAUGUAGCAUGUUGCUGCUGCUGCUUCUAAAAUAUUUGCAUCCCCUAUGAGCCAGAUGCUGUAGCAAUCCUUAUACAGAAUUUCUUAAGCACUUUUUUUUGCAAAAUAAGAAGGGAUUAUUUUGUUACUCUUGCUUGGCAGCCCAGGAGUGGUAUUUCAGUGUGUGGAGGAGGUGUGCUCCCUGGAGUGCUCACCUCACUGGGCAGCUCACAGACCAGUUCACACUAACAGGGCUGGGGUUAGUGGGCUGAGAUCCCUCUCACUGCCUGGUGCUUCCUUUCAUGGAGUUCAGCCAGUUGCCAGCUACGAACAUGCCAGGGGAAUCGGCGGCAGAACAGCACAGAUGGGUGGUGCUGCACGUGUGGCUCCAGCAUCCUGCUCCACAGCUGCCCAUGGUUUGCAGCCUGUCCUCCAGGCCCCCUGAUACACCAGGAGCAUUUCUCCACCCCAGCUCCAGCUGUGGCAAGAGGGCCUGGGAGGCUCUGGGUUUUGGAAUUGAGCACAGAGUUUGUGCCCUUUUAAUUGUGACUUGUGCUGUGUUCAUGGCCAGAACUUGCCAGCAUGUGGGGGGUUCAGCCAGCCCAGCAGUUCUUCCCCUUUGGAUCCAAGUUCCCUGCCCAGUCUAGAAGCUGGGCCUUUGGCCAUGGCUCAAGGGAUCCCUGGGUAUGGAGAGCAGGUUUGUCUCUCAGCUCCAGCUGGGCAGUGUGACUUGAGCUGGGCAGCUUCCCAGGCAGGAAGGCAGGUUUUGGUGGGAGGAUCCUUUUUUUGGCCAUGGUUAGCAGGGUUGGUGCUGAGCUGACCAGCUGGUCAGCCAGGCUGGUUGGUUUGUGUGGAAGUGACAGUUUAUUUUUUAGUCUUCAAAAGGGCACUGGCCUCUUUGCUCCUGUGUUCAGAUGGGGAUGGCCUUGCAGGAGCUGAGGUGGCCCACGGACAGGACAGCAGUUUUGGGAUAGCUGGCACCUUCCUGACAAUGCUGCAGCCCUCAGCUUUGCCAGCUGGGUGGGCUGGCACAACCUGUGGAGAGCACAGCAGGGCAGGAUGCUCCUGAGCCCUCACAUUCUGGACUCUGCUAGAGAGCAGCAUGCUUGGGUUUCCCUGUCCUUGCAGCCUGUUCUGCCUGGAGCUGAGUGCUGUAAGGAAGGUGCUGGGUACCUCAGAGGAAUCUUGUCCUGAAGACAUUAGAGGCCAGCCUUUGUCACCAGUCAUCCCUGAGUGUGGAAUAGAGCUUGUCUAUAGUUGUGACACUGCUGGAACUUGCAGGUUGGCCAGCAGCUGCCUCCAAAGCCAUGUGCUGAGGCCAGACCGCUCCCUUAGGAGCGCUAAGGAAGGCUGGUGGAAAAGCGAGAAGCUGGGAGUAGGGAAAGCUAAAGAUGCCAGCAGCACCUGGACAGCCAGCAGCCUGCUGCUUCUGUGUCUGCUGCAGGAGAUGUGCAAACAGAGGAGCCAAGGCUGUGGCUUUCCACAUCCACUGUCUUUCCUCCAUCCCUGCCCAGCCACAGAGAUUCCCGUACCCUGCCUGGUAGCAGUUCAUGGACACUGGUGCUGCAGGUGAGCGGGAGUCCUUUUGGAGCAGGCACCCCUCCAACCCUUCAUUCCCAUCCUUCAUUGGUCUCACAAUCUGGCACUGCUCAUGUGGCCUCCGAAAUACCUUCCCCAGGAAGUCCCUUAAAGGCCUUAUUAUCGUCUGGGACUCUGUCCUUAUUGUCUUAAUUAGCCCUUUCCAUUCCUGUGUUCCUGUGGCUACAGGCAGCCCCUGUGAGUAUCUGGUGAUGCCCACAGACACAGGCACAUGGUGCUGUUUUAAAAGAGGAGGUGCUGCAAAGCCACCCCCAGAAAUACCUCCCCUCCUGCCCUUGCUCUGCCGCACUGCCCAGGCUGGGGUCGGGACAAAACGAGAUUCAGUGUUUGUUCAUGGUGGGGAAGGCACCUUAUGAUGGCCUCUCUCCUCCUGGGUCCUGGUGCAGCACUCCUGAGCUGAGGAGGAGCAUUUCCUGAGCAGAGGCACAGCAGCUGCUCUGAGUGACACAGGGGCUCUGGGUGGGCACUGCCCGCCUGCUUGUGCCACUCUCUGCCAACCAGCAUCUCCAUGAGAGGCAUCUCUACACCACAGCACGACCGACCUGCUCCAGCUGAGACCAGCACCACGGGCUCCUCUGUGGCAUUCCUUGGUGUUUGGGCAUCCCGAGCAACGGCUGGGGAGCAGCAACUGCAACCCGCAGGAGGGCGAGUAACAAACUUUGUAUCAUGAUUUUACAAAUGACCAUCUUGUUCUUGAGUGAACUUUUUACCGUUUCAUUUGUUUGUGUAGAAUGUUUCUGAAGUUCUAAUAAUAUUUAAUGUUAAUAUGAAGCUGGGCUGUUCCACAUUCAAUGUUGUAUAUUUUGGAAUGGCAUUGCUUAGUGAAAAGACAGCGUUAGUAUUAUUCCACUCUUUGGAAGGGAAUGGGACAAAAACCAGACUGUCUUUUUUCUUAAAUGAAGUGAACUUUUUGUCAUGAAGUCCUAGCAGGUGUCCAGCCCUUCAGUAAAAUGGUGCUCAGAACCA